UGACGACAUAACGUUCAACUUGGCACUGGAGCUAUCUACCGUCCUUGCACAAUGAUUUUGCUAGAUUACCAUAACGUUAUCUUACAUGAUACCCUUUCAGCACGCUUCGAAAGCGAAAAGCCAGAAGCUUUGGACAUGACCAUAGUCGACUUUGAUGGUGUCUUAUAUCACUUAUCAACACCUACCUCCAAGACUAAUAUUCAAAUAUCUUUCAAGUGGCGCUGUUUCCCCGAGCUCAUCAACUACGGUGCAAACGACAUCCUUCAACGCGAGUAUGGCACCAUGCUCGUCACUCCACCCCAACAAGGCUUUGAUGUCACUCUCAAUGUCGACCUCACAAGCUUGCCUCAAGAAGCAGAGGCGCGAGAGGAGUUGAUUCGAAAAGUGUCUCUCUUAAAACGAAACAUCAUGGCUGCGCCAUUUGAACGUGCAUUCAAAGAGCAGGAACAGUUUGAAGAUGAAAAGCAGGCAAAUCCCAACCCAGAAUUAAUGGCUGUCCAUUAUCGUGAAGACGAAGCUAUUUAUGUCAAGGCAAAUCAAGACAGAGUUACUGUAAUUUUCAGCACCAGAUUCAAGGAUGAAACCGACAGAGUGUUUGGAAAAGUGUUUUUGCAGGAAUUUGUCGACGCUAGAAAGCGCCAAGAUCUUCAGAAUGCUCCUCCGGUGCUCUUCAGUACUCGUGAGCCUCCAUUGGAACUUCGACAUCUCAACCUGCAAGAUAGCGAAGAGAUGAGUUAUAUCACUUUUGUUUUGUUCCCAAGACACUUUGCAGCACUCGAUGUUCGUGAGGAGACUAUCUCUCGUAUUCAAAUCUUCCGCGACUAUUUACAUUACCACAUCAAAUGUGCAAAGGCAUAUAUGCACACACGUAUGAGAGCUCGCGUACGGGACUUCCUCAAGGUAUUGAACCGCGCGAAACCUGAGAAUAUCAAUGUUGAAAAGAAAACGGCGACCGGCAGGACUUUCCGCCGAACCUAGGUAUGAUGGUUGCGGAAAACAGUGAAUAUGGCCAUCUAUCAUAUAAGUUUGGUAUGGUGUGAUUCAAUAAAUUGCUCAAUACGAUCCUAUUUUUGCCUGCAAAAUGACUGGAGCUCUGUAGACAAUUGAGCAUAUAUCACUUUUUUGUCUGAGAC